AGUCUGGAGAACGUUCGUGUGUAUCAAAGGAAAGGGCAGCAGAUGCCAGGCCCAGGGAGCUCUCUGCCACAAGAUGAUGGUGGCCCUUCAGCGAGCUUCUGUCCUGCUGGUUCUGUUCCUUGCAGCUUUUCUGCCCCCGCCACAGUAUGCCCAGGACCCAGCCAUGGUGCAUUACAUCUACCAGCGCUUUCGAGUUUUGGAGCAAGGGCUGGAAAAAUGUACCCAAGCAACAAGGGCAUACAUUCAAGACUUCCAAGAGUUCUCAAAAAACAUAUCUGCUAUGCUGGGAAGAUGUCAGACCUACACAAGUGAGUAUAAGAGUGCUGUGGAUACCUUGGCACUGAGAGUUGAACGUGCGCAACGGGAAGUUGACUACUUACAAUACCUUCGAGAAACUGAUGUGUGUGUAGAAUCAGAGGACAAGAUACUGGCAGAAAGACUACUUCAAGAAGCUGAAGAAGAGAAAAAGAUCCGUACUCUCCUGAAUGCAAGCUGUGACAACAUGCUGAUGGGCAUAAAGUCUCUGAAAAUAGUGAAGAAGACGAUGGACACACAUGGUUCUUGGAUGAAAGAUGUUGUCAGUGACUCUCCAAAGGUGUAUUUGUUAAUUGGAUCCAGAAACAACAUUGUUUGGGAAUUUGCAAACAUGCGGGCGUUCAUGGAAGAUAGCACCAAGCCAGCUCCCCGGAAGCUAAUCCUAACACUUUCCUGGCAGGGAACAGGCCAAGUGAUUUACAAAGGUUUUCUAUAUUUUCACAACCAAGCGACUUCUAAUGAGAUAAUCAAAUAUAAUCUACAGAAGAGGACUGUGGAAGAUAGAAUGCUGCUGCCAGGAGGUGUAGGGCGAGCACUAGUCUACCAGCACUCCCCCUCAACUUACAUUGACCUGGCUGUGGAUGAGCAUGGGCUCUGGGCUAUCCAUUCAGGACCCGGUACCCAUGGCCAUUUGGUCCUCACAAAAAUUGAGCCGGGCACUCUGGGAGUGGAGCACUCAUGGGACACUCCAUGCAGAAGCCAGGAUGCUGAAGCCUCGUUCCUCCUGUGUGGGGUCCUCUACGUGGUCUACAAUUCUGGUGGCCAGGGCCCUCAUCGCAUCACCUGUGUUUAUGAUCCGCUGGGCACUAUCAGUGAGGAGGAUCUGCCCAAUUUAUUCUUCCCCAGGAGGCCAAGAAGUCACUCCAUGAUCCAUUACAACCCCAGAGACAAGCAGCUCUAUGCCUGGAAUGAAGGAAACCAGAUCAUUUACAAACUCCAGACAAAGAGAAAGCAGCCUCUGAAGUAAUGCGUUACAGCCAGAAGGAAGAGCACUGUGGCUUUGGCAGCUGCUCUCCAGGACACUGAGGCCACUGACCCUUCCCAUUAUAGUAUCCCUCUAAUCACACACAGAAAUAGAGUCUAGAAGUGGGAAGACACAUGCAUCCUUUCCCAGAUGUCAAGAACUUGUUCCAAGAACUUAGAUGAGAUUCUAUCAUUCAGAAAUUUU